AUGCUCCUCCACACCAUCCUCGCCGCCCUCGUUGCUUCCCUCGCCGCGGCCGCCCCAGUGGCCGACGCAGCCGACGCCGUCGACGCCGCCGAAGCCAUCUCGCCACGGAACGCGUCCGCGCCUUGGGGCGACGACAGUGUCGGGCAACUGGGCGAGCGUGACAACCGACCUGGUCUUUCGCUCUGGUGCUUUGAGCAACUAGGGUGCCAAGGCAACCCCAUCCAAUUCUUUCCCUCCGAGUUCUACGACAUACCCUUUGACACCCCAUAUGCAAUCACCGGGUACAGUUAUCCCUAUAACAGGGACUUCAGCUGCCGCUUCGACACAUGGAAUGGCUGGAUGGGCCAGUUCUACAUCCUUGGUCUGUACGACGGAGUAUGGAGCGUGAUUUCCAGUAGCAACUACUCCGGCGGAUCCGGCCAGGCCUGCGUCGACAAGUGGACGUUUUCCAAAGCUGCCCCUGGCUACCAUAGUCUGAAGCUUAUGACCAAGCGGUGGAGGCCGCAAUGA